CGUUUUUGUACAGGUCAUCAUUCAGUUCCAUCCACACAUUCAUAUUUGACACUGUAGCGAUGGCUGCCAAUUCGAAUCAGAUCGUCGUCGAGGAGGUCAUCUUUCUAGGAACAGGUACCUCGGGCCAAAUUCCAAGCGUGUCAUGCUUGUCUGUGCCGCGUCCUACAUGCGCGGCGUGCGUCGACUCGGUCAAGCCAAACAGCCGCAAUCGCCGAAGAAACACGUCGCUCUUGGUCCGCGCACGCGUCGCACCAAAGUCGCCGCGUCAGGACGUCAGGACACACUCCAACGGGAAUGGGACGAGUGUGAACGGCGACGCAGUGCACACUGUGGAUCCAAACUUGAGUGCAGCCGCAGCGAAAAGCCACGUUCGCAACAUUGUCAUUGACGUCGGCAAGUCCUUCUACGAAGGAGCCAUUCGAUGGUUUCUCGACUAUGGCAUCACAGACAUCCAUGCGGUUGUGCUGACACACGAGCACGCGGAUGCCGUUUUGCGCCUGGACGAUCUCCGCGACUGGACAAUGUAUCGCGACGAUCAACCUUCGCUGCCCGUGUUUCUCGAUCCUCCGACAAUGGCGGCCGUCUCCAGGCUCUUCCCGUACAUGGUUGACGAGACCAAGGCCACAGGCAGCGGCCUCGUACCAAAGAUCAAAUUCUGCGUGUUCGAUCCAACGCAACCCUUCAAUGUGCUCGGCGUCGAGUUUGCUCCGUUUGUUGUGCCCCACGGCAAGAACUGCACCUCGCUCGGAUUUCGUUUCUCCAAUGUCACCUACCUGUCGGACGUGUCAGACCUGGACGAGAAGGCGUACGAGUGGAUUGAUGGAAGCGACAUUUUCAUUGUCGAUACGCUCAAAGAGGUGUCCCAUGUGAGCCACUUUGGCUUGGACGAGGCGCUGGCCGCCAGCGAGCGGAUUCGUCCAGCACCCCGUCAGGUGUAUCUCACGGGUAUGUGCCACUUGAUGGAGCACCAUUCGUCCAAUAAGAAACUGGCCAAGCUUUAUGCGUCGGGCAGCAUCGGCAUGCCGGUCGAAUGCGCCUACGACGGGUUGCGCUUGGACGUGCGCGACAAGAGUCCCACCAGCCUUGUCGCCGCGGAACGCAUCACAGCGAGCAUUCGGCAGCAGCAGCUUCGCCCCACCGUUGCCGCUGUCAAGCAGGCUGCGUCCAAGGCACAGGCAGAGGCGGCGUCCGUUGCCACCGCAGCCCAGCCUGCAGACGCUGGCCGCCCGAUCUGGGCUGACGCGCACGGCCGUGUGCAAGCGGCUUUGACUGCUGAGCUGCAAUCGCGAUCUGCCGAAGUCUCUACCGCCGACCUGAUUGCCAUGUCUGAGAAGCCAUAGUUGGCGAGUGUAGGCAAUAUAAAUGUACUUUUAUUUUCACGCGAGCUCGCACCAAUCCACAUUCUAGCCGUCGAUUGG